AUGCACCACGCGAGCCGCCUUCGUUUCUACUGCGACGCUGACCUCGAUGUCACUGAUCUCCUCAACUUCGUCCGACACAAUGAUGGCGGUCACAUGGUCCGUUCAUUUGGUGGUGUCCGCAAAGGCCGCCUAUCGCUCGAGGUUUUGGUGUAUUGGUUGGGAUUGAACGACGCCGAGGCCUUCUGGGAGCCCUUGCAAAACUUGAUAGAGGAUGUGCCGGUUCUAUUGCAACCUUGCGGUGACCCCCCUGGAUUCUCCUCGCUUACGUCGCAAACCACCGCGGAA